AAAGAAUUUAAAAAAAAAAGAAAAAAAAAGAAACAGCCGACUAUGUCUCGUCCACUUCUGAUGACGUCACGCAGAGGGUAGCUUCUGGAUCUGUUGGACUGGAUCACAUCGGGUUUUCCACAUUUCAACGCAAAACUUGGCUGUUAAAACACCUGUUGAUGGAGGACGUGCUCCAGGGAAAUGACAGACCAGGGCAAUAACAAUCAGAACAUCUCACAAAACCCCUUCGCAGCUCUCUUUAGUUCCCUCGCUGACGCAAAACAGUUUGCAUCCGGCCAAAAGCAACGGUGUCAAGCUGAGCAACAAUCUGUAGAUUCAGGAGAGAGCCAGUCUGAGUCAGACAACUCUGUGUCAGACAGCAUUGAUGACAAUGAUGACUCAGUGGCAGAGAUCAGCCGAUCUUUCCGCUCACGACAGGAGCUCUGCGAGCAGCUCAACGUCAACCACAUGAUCCAGAGGAUCUUUCUCAUCACUCUGGACAACAGUGAGUGUUUAACACCUACUGGUCAUGAGAACUGUCUGUUUACUGACUGCGACCCCAGUCUAAGAGGUGGUAAUGGCAUCCCACCACGCUGUGUAUACCUUGAGGAAAUGGCCGCUGAUCUUGAUGGCCAGGACUGGCUUAACAUGGACACCAUAGAACAGGCUUUGUUCAGCAGGCUGCUUUUACAAGAGCCGGGAAACCAUCUCAUUUACAUGACCUCCUGCAGUGUAGUGAAUCUCUCCGCAGAUCGUGAUGCAGGAGAGAAACGUGCCAUACCGUACCUUUACGCCUGCUACCGUAGAGCUAAAGAGGAGAUCACUAAAGUCCCGGAGAAGCUGUUAUCGUAUGCUGUGCACUGCAAAAAUUUGACUCUGUCCAAUACCCGCACUGUUUUGCUGACCCCAGAGAUCUACAUCAGUCAGAACGUGUAUGAACAGCUUUUGGACCUGUUGCUGGAGGCUGUGAGAGGAGCUCAGUUUGAGGAAGUUGUGGAGUUUUUGGAGGAGGUUAUCGCUAGUCUUUUGGCUGACCAAGAGGUGCGGACCUUCGGGGAGGUUAUGGUGCCAGUGUUUGAUAUUUUUCAAGGCCGGGUCAAAGACUUAGACCUUUGUCAGCUGCUGCUGUAUUCCUACCUGGAAAUUCUCCUGUACUUCAGUCGGCAAAAGGAUAUUUCUAAGGUUUUAAUGGAGCAUAUUCAGCCCAAAGAUCCUAACAGUGGGAUUCAGUAUCAGAAAACGCUUCUGGGAGCGAUCCUGAAUAUUUCUUGUCUGUUGAAAACCCCUGGUGUGGUUGAGAACCAUGGUUUUUUCCUCAAUCCUUCUCGUUCCAGCCCACAGGAAAUGAAGGUUCAAGAGUCAAAUAUACACCAGUUUAUGGGGCAGUUUCAUGAUAAGCUGUAUCAGAUCCUGAAAAACUUGCUUCAGCAGUCCAGCGAGACGCGCCACCUGCUGCUCUCGUGGCUGGGUGGCUGCCUCCAGGCCAACAUGGGGCGGGCAAAAAUCUGGGCAAACCAGAUGCCCGAGAUAUUCUUCCAAAUGUACGCUUCGGAUGCAUUCUUCUUAAACCUGGGCGCUGCACUGCUCAAGCUCUGCCAGCCGUUUUCUCGACCCUAUUCGCCCAAACUCCUGACCUUUAACCCUACGUACUGCUUGCUUAAGGAGCUGAGUGAGGAAGAGCGGCGUAACAGAAACGUGCAUGCAAGAGGUCUGGAUAAGGAGACAUGUCUGAUACCUUUACCCCCUCAACAAACGGUUGAAUUUGCCCAAUCAUACAGCCUUCUCACAGAAAAUCUCAUCCUUACACAGCUUACCCUGUACCUGGGCUUCCAUAGACUUCAUGAUCAGAUGGUGAAGAUGAAUCAGUCUCUGCACCGGCUGCAGGGGACGUGGCGGGACACGCAGCUCAGUGGAGGCCCAGCAGCAGCAGAGCUACGGGAACAGUUUGAACGCCUCAUGACAGUCUAUCUCUCUACUAAGGCUGCUACCACGCAGCCCGCCAUGCUACAAAACUGCCUCAACCUCCAAGCCUCCUGUGCCGCCCUGCUGGUUCAGCUCAGCCUGGGCAACCAGGGGCCGGAGCACAUCCCUCUCACCUUUCCCUUACCUGCACUAGAGAACAGCCUGCUAUGCUUUGUGCCAGAAUUCUUUGCCGAAAACAUGGGCGAUUUCUUCAUAUUCCUCCGCCGCUUUGCUGACGAGGUGUUGGAGUCCUCGGCAGAAAGCUUAGAACAUGUUCUGACCUUCAUCACUGUGUUCAUGGGCAACGUUGAUAGAAUGAAGAAUCCUCAUUUGCGGGCAAAGCUGGCAGAGGUUCUUGAAGCUGUGAUGCCCCAUAUGGAGACUCUGUCACCUGGCGCUGUCCAGCCUAUCAUGUUCCAGCGCCAAAGGGUGUUCAGCACAUAUCGGCAUGCACCCCAACUUGCUGAAGCCCUCAUUACAGUCUUUGUGGAUAUAGAGUUCACUGGUGAUCCUCAUCAGUUUGAGCAGAAGUUUAAUUACAGACGACCAAUGUAUGCCAUUCUGAAGUACAUGUGGGGAGAAGAGAGCUACAGGGAGAGCAUUAAGCAUCUUGCUGAUUAUGCAUCUGAAAAUCUUGAAGCCAUGAAUCCACCACUCUUCCUGAGGUUUCUCAAUCUCCUCAUGAACGAUGCCAUCUUCUUACUUGACGAGGCUAUACAGUACUUAAGUAAGAUCAAAAUCCUCCAGCUGGAGAGGGAUCGGGGGGAGUGGGACAGUCUGGCCCCUGACGCCCGCAGAGAGAAAGAAUCUAGUCUGCAGAUGUUUGGACAGCUGGGUCGCUUCCACAACAUCAUGUCAAAUGAGACCAUUGGCACCUUGGCUUUCCUCACAUCUGAGAUAAAAGGUCUUUUUGUUCAUCCCUUUCUUGCUGAGAGGAUCAUCUCCAUGCUCAACUACUUUUUACAGCACCUGGUAGGCCCCAAGAUGGGCGCCCUAAAGGUGAAAGACUUCAGUGAAUUCGACUUCAAACCCCAGCAGCUAGUGUCGGACAUCUGUACUAUUUACCUAAACCUGGGAGAUGAAGAAAAUUUCUGCGCCACUGUUCCAAAAGAUGGAAGGUCAUAUUCACCCACUCUGUUCUGCCAAACUGUCCGCGUACUCAAGAAAAUCAACAAGCCUGGCGACAUGAUUGUAUCUUUCAGUCUUUUAGCAGAUAAAAUUAAGUCACUUGCAGACAGGCAUCAACAAGAAGAGGAGACCUACUCUGAUGCUCCGGAUGAAUUUCUGGAUCCCAUCAUGUCUACCAUAAUGCUUGAUCCGGUGCUGCUACCUUCUUCAAACGUCACAGUGGACCGUUCAACAAUAGCACGACACUUACUAAGCGACCAGACAGACCCUUUCAACCGCAGUCCGCUCACCAUGGACCAGAUCAGGCCCAAUGAAGAGCUCAGGCAACAGAUCAUGAAGUGGCUUGCUGAUCAUAAGCAAAGCAACCAGCAAAUGGGACACAGUGGCUAAACCACAUUACUCCCUUCCCCUAGCACCCAGGCAUGCUCAGAUGUUUCUGGCCUCUCACAUACCGCUUUGAAACAAGAACAUUUAACCACAUUCGGAGGAGCACGUCUGCAUUCAUGGUAUUAGUGUGCUCUUCAAAGGUCAGAUGCAAAUCUCCAAAUGCCAUAUCACUGUAGCAUAUUUGGCUAUCUGUUCUUUCAAACUCCUCAGAGAUCUGAGGUCGCCGCAGACGGAACUCAACAGUCACUUUUUCUGUUACAUUUUGCCUUGCAAAGAUGUUCACUGUGGACAUGAAAGUCGGGCUUAUAGACAGAUGACAGCAUACUUGAGGUUUGCUUACCUGUUCAAUGCAUUUGCCCUACCUCUGACUCGUAUGCAUGCGAUAUUUUAUAUGCAUCGCUUACUUUGGUUAACUUUUUAAGUUCGAAUAUAAGCAGCGUACCUCCUUUGAUACUAAGGAGGAAGAGUUGUGGCCUCAUUUGAUAUUAAGGAGGGAGUUGUGGCAGUAUUGAUUAAAAUAUCAAAGCAAACCAAUGUUGGCUGCAAAAGAGAUUAAACUAUCAUAAAAUAUUUUGCUAACAUCAUCAGCAUUAUAUACCACAGAGUUUCGGUUUUUAUAGUUGUACCUAUUGGUUUUAAAGGCAUCUUUGUGGAAUAGUCGGUAGCUUUACCAUUUGUAAAAAUCCUUUUGUUCAUUACAGACAUUUUAUGCUUGAAGCUCAAGAAGCAUUUGCUGUAACACACACUUUUAUGAGACUCAUUAAGAAUAUUGAGCUUUUGUUGAAAUGUUUGGAAAUACCCCUGCACACUUUACAAGAAUCCAUUGUGUCUUUUAACAGUGCAAUAUGUCCCGAGUAAUGACGACUCUGACUUCUGAGUCAGCCUUAUGACCUCCUCUCAUGCAGAGUGACAUCAUGUCUCUUGUUAACAGUUGCUAAACUGCAUGCUUUGGGUGGAUGGACCUUGCUACUGACAUUUGUCUUAAAAGAUGACAUUGAUAAGACACUGUUCAAUCACUGCUUUUGGUUGUGAGAGAGUUGCAUUAGAUUGACCUGUCAAGUGGUGUAGGGUAUGUCUGCAUUUUGAUUUUCACUGAAUUGUUUAUUUCAGUGAGUGUUAGUUGGUUUUAAGUCUCUUUAUUCCCUCAUAUUAUCAAGACCUCACCCAAUCAAUAAACCUGACCCCACGGAUUCUCAAAGCAAACUGAAUGCUUUAGAGCCUAUUGAGAGAUUUCUGUCUGUUAGAUUGUGCAUUUGCUCACUCAUUCGUCUCUUUUAAUUGAACUUGUUUUUGUUAAAUAAAAUUUGAUUUAAUAUCAUUAUGGACAGUAGUCAUAUGAUGUACAUGCUAACAUGUCUCUCUUGAAUAUAGAACAACCAGACCUUCUACAUUGGUCUUAGAUGAAUGAUUCUGCUAACUAACUAAAUCGAACUGCCGCAAAUAACAGCAUGCUUUCUUGAUGUUCAUUUUAUUUUUGUUGGCAAUAUUUUUUUUUUUUUUUUUUUGUAUAUUAAAUGUGCUAAUGGAUUUAGUGCACAAUAUUGGAUAAACCAAUGUAUUGUAAUU